CGCGUAGGCGAAGCGGCGCGCGCCGCGGUCAGCUGACUGCUCCGGCUGGCACGUGACUUGCUCUGUAGGCGCUGGGGUCGAGAAAGCCGUGAGGCCGGAGCUUAGGUCCGGGAGGGAUGGAGCGCUGAGCCGUUAACGUCUGCAAGGCUGUCCGCCUCCGUACCUGUUAGUGCAGCCACUUCGUCGUUUGACACCUUCCUGGAGUCACUCUUGAUUUUGGAAAAAAUACUUGGUAACAAAUAUGACUGAGUUCUGGCUUAUAUCUGCUCCGGGGGAGAAAACAUGUCAGCAAACUUGGGAGAAAUUGCACGCAGCAACUACGAAGAACAAUAAUCUUGCUAUUGCUUCAAAGUUUAACAUUCCUGACUUAAAGGUUGGCACGCUGGAUGUCUUGGUUGGUUUGUCGGAUGAACUGGCUAAACUGGAUGCAUUUGUAGAAGGGGUGGUUAAGAAAGUGGCUCAAUACAUGGCUGAUGUAUUGGAGGAUAGUAAAGAUAAAGUUCAGGAGAAUCUGUUGGCCAAUGGAGUUGACUUGGUUACUUAUAUAACAAGGUUUCAGUGGGACAUGGCUAAGUAUCCAAUCAAGCAGUCCCUGAAAAAUAUUUCUGAAAUAAUCGCCAAGGGAGUGACUCAAAUUGACAAUGACCUGAAAUCUAGAGCAUCCGCAUAUAAUAACUUGAAGGGAAAUCUUCAGAAUUUGGAACGGAAGAAUGCAGGAAGUUUGCUAACUAGAAGUUUAGCAGAAAUUGUGAAGAAGGAUGACUUUGUUCUUGAUUCAGAGUAUCUCGUCACAUUACUGGUCGUAGUUCCCAAGUUAAACCACAACGACUGGAUUAAGCAGUACGAAACACUAGCUGAAAUGGUAGUUCCAAGGUCUAGCAAUGUUCUCUCAGAGGACCAAGACAGUUACCUUUGUAAUGUCACCUUGUUUAGGAAGGCAGUUGAUGACUUCAGGCACAAAGCCAGGGAAAACAAAUUCAUCGUUCGUGACUUCCAGUAUAAUGAAGAGGAGAUGAAAGCAGAUAAAGAAGAAAUGAACAGGCUUUCUACUGACAAGAAAAAGCAGUUUGGACCACUUGUACGGUGGCUGAAAGUAAAUUUCAGUGAGGCGUUUAUUGCGUGGAUUCAUGUGAAAGCGUUGAGGGUUUUUGUUGAGUCUGUUUUAAGGUAUGGCUUGCCAGUGAACUUCCAAGCAAUGCUACUUCAGCCCAAUAAGAAAACAAUGAAGAAACUAAGAGAAGUAUUAUAUGAAUUGUAUAAACAUCUAGACAGCAGUGCAGCAGCUAUUAUUGAUGCUCCUAUGGAUAUUCCAGGCUUAAACCUGAGUCAACAGGAAUACUACCCCUAUGUGUACUACAAGAUUGAUUGCAACUUGCUGGAAUUCAAGUAAAAAUGAGCUCCUUCCCAGACAAUCCUGUCCUUGUGUUGGUGUAUUCUAACAGAAAUAGGUUGCAGUAUGACAGUACUUUUAACUCCCUCUUGUCCUUUGCUUGCUUCUGACCACUUUUCCUAGUGAGUUCUUCCAUAGUGGUCCAUCUCUCAAUAUUUUCUUCUUAAAGGAAAAUAGAUGUCUUAUUUCUUUUUAUUGAUCAGGUCUGUAAAUGUGUACUAAAAAAAAUCAGAGUUUAUUUAUAAACAGAAUAGUUUAUUUAAAGAGAAGGUCUUCAUUGAUACUGUGGUAUGCAUUAAUUCCAUUUGUUACUGUUGUGCACAAAAGCCUUGUUUACAAGGUAAUGGUAAAUGUUUAUACCAUUUGUUCAUUGUACUUAGUAGACAUAACUGUUUAAUAGUUACUGAAUCAUGAUGUAACAAAAUGUGACGAUAUUCAGGUAUGUGCUUUCUGAAUGUUUCAAAUUCCAAUCUAUGAGCACUGUUGACACCCACAGGAGAGAAUAAAAUUACCUGUGCAAAGGUAUAUUGUGGUGUGUGUAACUUCGGAAGGUAACAGUUUAGGUUGAGAAUUUAAUAAAGGAGAGCAUAGCUACCUUGCUGUGCCACUUCCAGGCUUUUGUUCUGUAUCGAGGGUCAACCGUUUGUGUCUGGCUCACGUAUGAUUUAAGUGUGCCAAUUUUGGGUCACAGCACAAAUGUAAAGAUUAUUUUUCAAUAUAUGAUGGAUAUAUACAUUUGGACACUAGAUUUUGAGUUCCCGCAAAUAAUUAGGAAGUGGGGCCGACUUUGAAUAAAGUGUAGCGAAACCG